UCUGACCCUAGACACAUCUCCACCUUCACCACCACCACCACCACCACAAACGAUAACAGCAAUCGUCACCGCCUCCACCAUGCAGGUGAUGUUGUUUGUGACAGUUUUGAUGUGGGCGCCUCACUGCCUCGCCCAUGUCGGCCCAUCUGGCCCCGACACGCCAGCCCCCCCAGCCCCAAGCCACACCUCACCUCCCGGGCCUCCUGCAGCAGCGCCAGCCCCGCCAGGCACCCAGUCCCUCGCCCCUGACUACCUGAAAGAAUGUGCCGCAGGCGACCUCCUUCCGGGCCCUACCUGUACCUCCUUCCUCAUGUGUGUGGGUGGCCGCACCUAUGCAACAAGAAGAGUGAAGUUUGACUGUGCUCCUGGGACAGUCUUUGACCCUCAGCUGGGCAUCUGUAUCUCCAGCUCAAAAUCUGAGUGCAAAUUAGUAGGAGUGGCCCCUCCUGGUACACCCCCCAAUACAAUUCCCAGUCCUGUGGGGCCAACGGGGACUAUAGCCUGCAUACAAUAUCAGCUGGACCCAACCUCCAUAUAUGAGUGCCUGGAGGAGGGUUUCUUCCCCUCCCUCUCAGACUGCUCAGGCUUCUACAAGUGUUUGAUUACCAUGGGCUGCACAAUAAAAGGGUUCCUCUUCCGCUGCCCAGCUGGGUACCUCUUUGACAACAGACUCAAGAGGUGUGAGAAGGAAGAAAUAAUUGGGCCAUGCGAGCGAGUGAUGGACGACGUAGGACAAACUCAUGAAGUCAGACCUGUGGUGGAAAUCAAGCCGGAGAAACUCGACCAAUUCUUCGAGACUCAGACUUACUGGGACUUCAUGCCCUUCAUGCCCAACGAGACUCAAAGGGUCGUACCCAUGCAACCGUCCAGCUUCUCCAGAGCACCAGGCGUGGGUGUGUUCAUGCCACAGGUGUAGAUCGAACAACCAAGAGCUACACUGUUUUUGAAGAUAUAUAGAAUACAGGUGGUCCAAAUAGUCUCUUAGGAGAGAGACCCAUACCUCUUUUUUUUUCAUCUAUGAACUAGCCAACAUCCUGUGGUAUGACCUAUAUAUAGCCUAUGUGGAAAAGUUUUGAAUCUGUUGAGUAUUGUCUGUUUGUUGACAUAUUUAAGAAUAUAGAAUACAGUUUAAACUGUAUAAUUGUUGUAAAUCAUGAAAUACAAAAGCUUUAUAAUAGUUUUGAUUCAGUAACUUUUGCAAAAAUGCAAAGAUAUAUAGAAAGUGCUAUAUUUUUUCACUAAUACUUGCUAGAGUUGCUUUAUAUGCUAUUCUUUGUUUACUGAGCUUUGACAAACCUAUUGAGUUUUACAAUUACUGUUGAAUAUAAUAGUGACAAGACAAAUGGCCUAUCUAGUAUAAGAGGUGAGCUAAAGCAGGUAAUAUAGAAAGCUGUAGUACCACACACCACAGCUUGUAAGUUUUGAUGCAUGUGAUCACACUCUCAGGGAUAAAUAGUGGAACUGUUGGUGUGGACAUUAUAGUCACAUAACUUGUUAGCUGCCAUCUCAUAAUAAACAGAUGAAUGAGAUAUAUGAAAAUUGGAUCUGAAAGUCUCUAAGGUAAGGAAGAGCAGCAGUGGCAUGAUGAGUAAUGGAGGCUAUGAAAACUGCUGUUUGGUUUGUCAUGGCAUCAGCAGAUUCAAGAGGGUAGUUACGUUGUCUCCGUUGACUGUUGAAAAGGUGAUUCAAAAAUCUCCCUGAGCUGGGUAACUAAAAUUAGAUGACUCUG